CUUCAAAAAUGCGAAGGAGCAUCAUCACUAGAUUGUUGGUCCUGAUUUGGGCGAUCAAUCCAAGUUAUGGGUUUAAAUUUGAGACUUGGGCACCAUCUAUUCAUCACAUAUUGGAACAGGAAACUACUGGAUGUGUUAUCCUCUCCAAUGGAAGGCUUCCCGUCGCAAUGAUCCCAAUCCAAGCUCAGCGCUUGGACAUUUCGAAUAGCAACUCUUUGUCUUCGGACAUGGUUCUAAGUUUACUCCGAGGGAUUUCUUGCCUGACGGUGAUUGAUCUCACUCUUGAUAAAGAAAUUAUGGAGAUCGUGACCAAACCGGAGGUAAAUAAAGUUGUCAUCAUAACCAAAGAGCCAAGGGAGAAAUUGCCUGAGAUCUUGAGGAACAAAGCCCAGGUCUUCAAACUGAGUGCGAAGCAGGAGAACGAGAUAUUUUUUGAAAUUUGGCCGCCUGCCUCAACCAAUCCAUUUAUCAACAUUUGGAAACAAAGUCAGGAGAUCUUCCUGAGACACCCUUUAACUCUAAAUCCACACCCUCUGAAUGGAGUGACCUUGAACUUGAUGUCUGUAUAUCCUGAUGUGCUUCCUCCGAUGGAAAUCAUGAUAAUGGACACUCUUAAAAGGAAGUACGGAUUCAAGAAAAUGACUGUGAUUGUCCCUCUGGAUGACUAUGCUUUAAGUAUUUCUAAAUAUCCUUCGGUCUCCUUGGACGAAUUAAAGGCGAAUAUUUACGACGAUUGCCAACAUAAGGAUUUAUUUGACGCCAUCAAAGUUCCACCCGCCGAUUUCAAAGAAGGAAUUGAACAAUAUGAGUAUUACUUUUAUUCCUGGGGAUGGGCUUGUCAAGGUUUUGAACCGACCUUGAUCAAUUGGAUCAAUUCUUCAUCAAGCGAAUGGGAUCAGAAGCUCGACACAGAGUUGCUCACAGGUCAGGCUCACUUUUCAAUUGGAUUUUUGACUCUUCAAAAUGAAGCUUUAAGUAAUUUGGUUUCAAGAUCAAUUUCUUACGCCAAUUAUGAUGAACAUGCCAUUACUCGAACUCCCCAACCCACUCAAAACCUCUUGAACCUAUUGCAAGUAUUUGAUUUGGCCACUUGGAUAGCUUUGGCCUUGGCACUAUUGUUCUUCUCCAUUUUAAUCUUUGUCUUUAUUAGGGUGUAUAACUCCUUGGAUGUUGUUCAAUGCCAAAGAGCCAAGUUCGCAGACGUCUUUAUUAUCAUAUUCAGUGGAUUCACCGAGCCAGAUCCAGUUCCUUGGUUCAGCAAACAAUGUAAAGGAGGUAAAAUUGAAACGCUAGCCUUUUUUUAAGAUUUUUUUUCAAAUCCUUUUGGUACCAUGCCGAAGAAAUGGACACCGAAUUCAUGGUAAUGAGAGACUGAAAGUAGACUUUGAAAGUUCUCACUUUGGUUUAAGCAGUUUCUGCGAAACAGGACAUUCAAGAAUUCAGUUGUUCUCGACAGAAAGUACCUUUUUCAAACAAUGACCUACCACGGUGUGAUUUCCGUCCCCAGCGAACGUUUUUAUGUAUUGUGAAAGCCUUGUAGAGCUAGAAACAUGAAAGUGAAGAGCACGAGUUCCCAAAUAGGCUUUUUAGUGGACUUUUAAAAUGCGUCUUCUUGGAGUUCAAAUUUUUACCAUAGCAUUUUUACCUGUUGCAUUUUUCAUUUACUUCUGUGUUUACAUAUCCUUACCAGUCACUCAAAUGGCAUUGUGUUUUAGAUGUUUGGGAGGGAAAGUGCUUCUAGUAUUUCCUUGUUGUAUGAUUUGG